GGAGGAGCAGGAAGUGGCGGUGCGAGGGCUGCUGCACAGCUAGCAGAGCCGCGGUCCGGACGGCAGCGCGUGCCCCAACCUCUCCACCUCCCCCCGCCCGUCAGCCAGAGGCAGCCCGAGCCCAGCCCGCGGCCCCAGCAGCACCGCCGAGAGCAGCCCCUGUUGCAGCGCCAUGGCCGGGUGGAACGCCUACAUCGACAACCUCAUGGCGGACGGGACCUGUCAGGACGCGGCCAUCGUGGGCUAUAAGGACUCGCCCUCUGUCUGGGCCGCUGUCCCCGGGAAAACCUUCGUCAACAUCACGCCAGCUGAGGUUGGUGUCCUAGUUGGCAAAGACCGGUCAAGUUUUUUCGUGAAUGGGCUGACACUUGGGGGCCAGAAAUGCUCUGUGAUCCGGGACUCACUGCUGCAGGAUGGGGAAUUUACUAUGGAUCUGCGUACCAAGAGCACCGGUGGAGCCCCCACUUUCAACAUCACUGUCACCAUGACUGCCAAGACGCUAGUCCUGCUGAUGGGCAAAGAAGGUGUCCACGGUGGUAUGAUCAACAAGAAAUGUUAUGAAAUGGCUUCCCACCUGCGGCGUUCCCAGUACUGACCUCGUCUAUCCCUUCCCCCACCAAUCCCCACUGCUUUUGCAUCCCUCUCCUUCCCAUACACACACACACCCAUUUUUAUUUUGGGGGUCAUUACCCCAUACCCCUUAUUGCUGCCAAAACCACAUGAGCUGGGGGCUGGGGCUGGAUGGACAGACAACCCCCCUCCUGCCCAUACCCCUCCUGUGUGUGGUUGGAAAACUUUUUUGUUUUCGGGGUUUUUUUUGUUUGUUUUUUUCUGAAUAAAAAAGAUUCUACUAACAA